AUGGUCGGUAACUGGCCUGAAAGUCUGGCUGAGGUAUCGGCAGACGUAGCAUCCGACUCCGGCUCGGUUAUUUCUUCGUCUUCGACUUUAGUCGGCGAUCUCGCUGGGAUGGGCAAACCGGGCUACCAGUCAUCCAGACCCCACCGGAGAGCUAUAUCAGCACUUUCGCUGGAUCGAAACUCGCCGAAUCUAACGUCAACGUCAAGCUUCCAAGCAGCGCCCUCUUCAAAUACGUCAACAGCCCCUGUGAUGCCGUUUUUGAACCGCUCCAUGAGUAACCCUUCUCUACCUUCGUUCAAGUUGAAAGAAACCCGACUACCGCGUCCUGAUGGUACAAAAGCGUUGUCUCCGGCUCAGCUAGGGAAGCUGAUCGCCGAAGAACCAUCUGAGAACUUGAUGAUUUUGGAUGUACGGCCCUUCGUCGAGUACUCUCGCUCUACAAUCAUAAGCGCACUCCAUGUAUGCCUCCCGUCAACGCUGUUACGGAGAAAAACCUUCACUAUAGAACGGCUGAUAGAAAACUUACCAGAAGAUGUACGCAAGGCAAUCAGGGUAAAGGCCAUAGAUCGCACUGAUUGCUCUCAGUUGAAAGUGGUGAUCUUUGACAACACAACGCAAGCCGCUUCUGACGGCUCUGUUAGUGUGAACUGUCACGGCAUGGCUGUCAAAUUUGCAUCCGCUGACAAAUGGAACUCGGCGGAGAAACAAAGACCUUCAGUUUACAUUUUGAACCCUGGGUUUCCCUCAUUCGAAGCAUGUGAACCAUCAUUUACGGUCACUCCUGCUGCCGCAUCACCCUCAUCGUCAUCUAAUAUUCCUCAUCUGCCUGGAAAACUCGACGUUGCGCCUUCACUUGGCUCUAAGGCCAAAUUUUUCAAUCAGUAUGCCUCUAUGCUAUCCCCGUCUUCUAAUCCGGAGUCUCCAUUGCCAUCUUCAUCUCCGGCUUCGGCACUUUCAAAAUUCCAGCUACCAUUAUCGUCAGGUACUCCUCCUCCUUUCAAAUUAGCGAGAAACGAAGAAGUUUCUAAUUUGGAGUCGUAUCUGAGUGCUGUUGAAUUAGGUGAAAAACAGCGAAGCAUGGGCGAUUCUUCGCGAUCCUCUUUUGAGAAUUUAUCAAUGCUAGCACCCCGCACCCCUUUCAAGUUUCCUUUGGAUUCGAGCUCAGAUGACAGCGGAUCCUAUUACAAUGAUGUGACGCCGAGCAACAGCAAACUCAAUUUUCAGUACUCCCUACUUCAUAUGUAUGAGCACUAUGGUGAAAAUGCCGUUGACUUAGUGAUACCGAAAUGGUUCCAAGAUCUAGCCAAAGUGUCCAAGCUGGAUGUGGUAGCUCAAUUUCAAAAAAUUGAUCUACUGGAGAAGAGAAGACUCAGUUCCUGUUUUUCCAACACUGGGCAACCUUCGACCAAUAAUCGUCGCAAAGAUUCUAGUUCUUUUCAACUCCAAACUGAACAAUGCGCCGCUUCUUGGUUUGACGAAUAUGACUCCGAUGAAGAAGAUCAGCACAUUUGCAUAUCUUCAGGUGUCGAACUUGGUUCUAAGAACAGAUACAAAGAUAUAUUUCCCUUCGAGCAUACUAGGGUAGUAUUGCAAAAAAAGAGUCCCUCUUUUGAUCAUGCAAGAUCGGAUGAUAUUUGGGAUACUUACAUCAAUGCAAAUUAUUUGGUGAACCCGUUUGUGAGGCUUCAAAACCCUCCCGCUGAACACUGCAUUAAUGUUCGCUACAUCGCUACUCAAGCACCAUUACAGGCAACCAUUCAUGACUUUUACACAUGCAUUUUGAAUAAUAAUGUGCCUCUCAUUUUAACACUCACGGACGAAUUCGAAAACGGUGUUGAGAAAUGUUACAGUUUUUGGUCAGAGGGAAAUUACGACGGUAUAGAAAUCAAGCUCUUGGAGGAAUACAAUGUGGAGGCUACUGAUGAGCUUGGGUUUAAUGCUGGCCCCGUGGUUUUAAGGAGAAUACAGGUACGUCAAGUGGACGGUGAAGUCUUGGAGACUUUACAAGCCCAGGUCAGGAAUUGGCCCGAUAUGGGGAUCAUGGUCAACCCACGUCAAGUGUUAGAAAUUGUGUGCUUAAAAAAUCUUGUCAUCAGAGAGCUGUUUGAGAAGCACGUUUAUCCAGCCGGGUAUCUCCCGACCAUUCUAGUGCACUGCUCUGCUGGCUGUGGACGAACGGGUACACUAUGUGCACUUGACACGGUUUUGAGCAACGCCUCAAAGCUGGAUGGACUUAAAGAAGAAUGGACAGGUAGGAAAAGAUCAAAGGAAACUAACCCAUGGUCGCCCCAUCCCACGAACUGUUUAGAUGGUAAGCUUUUCGACCCUGUCAUCAUUACUAUCAACAAGUUCCGCAAACAGAGAAUCUCUAUGGUUCAAAACGUGAACCAGUACCUCUUCAUUUAUGACUGCCUGUUAUCUUACUUCAACAUGUGUUUGCAAGCAAAGGAGUGCCCAGGAGGAUGUCCUCCAGUGCUUUGGAAAGGCGCCGAGAGUCUGGGCAUUGUGCAGCGGUUUCUGGAGGCGAAAGUUAAUGAGAAGCCAUAA